AUGGCUGAAGCGCAGACCAUUCCGACCUUCAAGCUGGUCCUUGUUGGUGAUGGUGGUACCGGAAAGACCACCUUCGUCAAGCGCCAUUUGACCGGUGAAUUCGAGAAGAAGUACAUGGCCACCCUCGGCGUUGAGGUUCACCCUCUUGCCUUCACCACCAACUACGGUCAGAUCCAGUUCGACGUCUGGGAUACCGCCGGUCAGGAGAAGUUCGGUGGUCUCCGUGAUGGUUACUACAUCAACGGCCAAUGCGGCAUCAUCAUGUUUGACGUCACUUCCCGCAUCACCUACAAGAACGUUCCCAACUGGCACCGUGAUCUUACCCGUGUCUGCGAGAACAUCCCCAUCGUUCUCUGCGGCAACAAGGUCGACGUCAAGGAGCGCAAGGUGAAGGCCAAGACCAUCACUUUCCACCGGAAAAAGAACCUCCAAUACUAUGAUAUUUCCGCCAAGUCCAACUACAACUUCGAGAAGCCCUUCCUCUGGCUCGCCCGCAAGCUUGUUGGCAACCCCGGCCUUGAGUUUGUCGCCGCCCCCGCGCUUGCCCCCGCUGAGGUCCAGGUCGAUCAGGCUCUCCUUGCCCAGUACGAGGCCGAGCUUAACCAGGCCGCCCACGAGCCCCUUCCCGACGAUGAGGAUGACCUUUGAGCGGCUCGAAUCAUUGGUGGCUUAGUCAAGCUCGAGGGGGGUGGUUCAGGAUGAUAACGCCGGUAAUGAAGAUAUCUACCAUACACAGAGGGCAGGCGGGCAGGCAUUGGGAUGGGAAGAGCGAAAUACGAUUCACGUAUGGUAGCGUUGAGAGACGUCGGUUCAGUAGUUGAGGAAGAAGAGCGGCGGUCAAAUAUUUCUUUUUGACGAUUGGUUUCAAUCAGGACCAACUCAACCGAAGUACGGAGGUAGAUCUGGGUUUUUUUUCUGCAUUGCAGUUUGCUAGGUAGACCAAUUUGAGACAUCGUCUCGCAGGCAAUCAUUCUUUACCCCUCUCUCAAGCACUGUCUUUUUUUUUUUGUGAACAAUCCGUGAAUACUACCCAACAAUGCCCACCCCGCCGCUAGUAUCAACAAAAGAAGACAAGGGACCAAAGUUUGGGCGGUGAAGGCGAAGGCGGUGAGGGUCCAGCUGUCGAAUGAGCGUUUCGGCGCAUCAUGACAUCAAACCUCAGGUUUCGAUGUCCUGUAUGCAGCCAAGAGAUGUGAUGUGCUUUGUCAGCAGCGUUGACGAGAUAAGCAUGCCAAGAUUUCCGUCUGGACUUGUGGAAAUUACUUUGACUGAUGGUGUGUUGCCUAGCAACGGGAUUGGUAUUUACGGAUGAGGUUAUUUUGAGGAUUGCCAUCGCCGAGUCAACAGGGCUGAAAUGAUUGGUAUGCGAUUUUGUCCCUUUAAUAAGAACUGGUGUAUGAAGUGUUGAAGGUGAUUUUUUCUAGGGUUGAAUAGGAGAUGGAGAGGGCUGUUGGUAUGGCAUUCAUGCUGUGUGUAUUGAUAUUCGAGUGAGUGAAAUAGCUACCUGUGUAAUGGUGAAACUUGACAUUGUAAACGCCCGUGUUGCCGCCGGGUCCCUCUGGAAGUGAAUGCAACAAAGUGAUAUCAUCCUCCACUACGCCGGUCCAUGAGAAGUGAUAGACGAGAAGCCGACAUCAAGACAAAAACAGAUAGCAAUUAUGGUAUAUAUAUUAAGCCAAAAAAGCAAAACGUCAUGAAAUGGGGGAUUUCCACCACAUAAAAGUUCGCCCUAAACUAACAAGUAAAAGAAAUCUCCAUGUACAUAUGUAGCGAGACCGCCCAGACAUGAAACAACUCCCGUUUAAAUCCCCGGCCUCGAAAAAUCAGGCCCCUCAGGCCAGUUACCCAACUGCCCUGGAUCACCACCAAUGCGAAUGUACUUUCCAAUCGCCGGAACACCGCCAUCCAAAACAAACAUCUGGUACCACCCCGGAGGAGCAAUAUUGACGUUGGGGGGGGCAUCAACCGUGCACGCCGUCCCCGCGCAGCUCACCCUCGGCAUGAGCGUCCUCGCGCCCAUGGAGUUGCCAUGCGUGGAAGAGACCGACGCCAACAAAGUAACAGUGAUGGGGCCGUUCCUUGCCGCGACGCCGAGGGUAAAGGGGAUGUUGGUCUGGUUGUAUGUCCAGUCCUUGUUUGUAAUCGCAAAAGUUGGCCUAGGGAGGCCGUUGAGGAGGUAAGGGGGCACAAAGACCUCGACGCGGUAUUCAUCGGGGUAGACGCCGUCCUCGGGGUUGGAGCCCGAGAUGAGGACGCGGCCGUCGAGGAGGGUGAUGGCUUCGGAGUGGUACAUUCUCGGGAUGGUGGUGUUGGCCAUGACGGUCAUGCGGCUGUGAACGGGCUUGGUGGGGUCGUAGAGCACGGCGUUUAGGUUGGGGGUGUUGGCGAGGCCGAAACCGGCCACGCCAUGCUGCGCGCCGUUGACGAUGAGGUAUGUUCCGUCGGGGAGGGGAGACAUGCAGGACAUGACGCGCUUGGAGGGCAUGCGCUCGAUGGUCCAGACGGGGUUGGGGGCGUCGGGAUAGGUGGACACGCAGUUGUCCAGCGCGUUGGAGGUGCCCUCUGUUGAACCACCGCAGACGAGGUAGCCGAGGUAGUCGGUGUAUGGCCAGCGCUGGGGGAGGAGGACAGCGGCACCCUCGAGAGGGUAGGUGCGGCCGCCCUUGGGGUCGUUGACAGCGCCGGGGGCGUUGGGGAGGACCUUGAUUGUGGCGAAGGUGACGGGGUCGAGGAUGCGGGCCUCGUUCCAGUAUUGGACGAAGAUGCCGCCGCUGGGGAGGACCGAGAGGAAGGGGUAGAGGUUGUUGGGGUGGGUGCGGGUGAGCCAUUCCAUUUCCAAUGGGGCAGCACCGGUGGCGGGGAGGAGCUCGAUGGUGGGCUCGGCGGCGUCGUUGGCGCCGAUGGAGCCACCAAUGACGAGGAUGGAGCCGUUGGUCAUGAUCAUGGCGGUGGGAUACCAGCGGCCUCUUUGCAGGCUGAGCUCCCAGACGUUCUCCUCCCAGUCGUUGGUGCCGGGGACGCCGGGGGAUCCAUCAGGCCAGUAGAUGCGGGUGCCCUGGAGAGACUCACCGGACCAACCGCCGACAUUGAGUUGACGACCAGCCUUGUCGGGGAGGGUCACGCCAGCAGCGCAGAAGACAUCGGUCUUGAUGUGAAGCUCACGGAAAGUGAGGGUUUGCAUAUCGAGCUCGUAGACACCAGUCUCGUUGCCAGGGCCGGUACCACCCUUGGAGAUGAAGGAGACCUUGCCGGUGAUGGUCUCCUGAGUGAUGAGCGGGCAGUUGACACCGUUGACCAAGUGCUGGUACUGGCCGGCACGGUAAUCCUGAGGGAAGCCCCAGCUGUAGAGGGGGGUGCCAGUCCAAAAGUAGGUAGUCAGACGACCGAGACCACCGCAAAUAGCCGAAGCGUUGCCAGCACAGGUGAUGGCACACUCAGUCUCUGGGCGGAAGGUAGCGCCAGCGGCAGCAAUGUUGGGGGGAUCACCGCAGUAGCAUUCCUCACCGUACUCAAGACCAGCAGCGGCAUAGCCGAACUCUCUGCACCUGUUCAGACACAUGUUAGGCGUCAUGACGCCAGGGAAGAAAAGCUGCCAGGAGAGGGUGCGCUUGUUGUUGACGUUGUCCUCAACGCAGCCUUGGUACUCCCACGAGCCGUUGAGACCGCGGACCUGGGGAGCAGGAGGCUGGUAGAUCUCAGGUUCGCCCUCGGAGACGAUGUUCAUGCGGUCACCGGCACCGCACUUCUGGGUCGGGUUGCCGGGGCAGUUCAUGCUGCACUGAGACUCGGAAGUGGUCACGCCGCCAUUGAAGAUGGCAUUGCCGCAAAAGCACUGCUGAGUGUACUGGACACCGCUGAUCUUGUAGCCGCCAGCCACGCAGCGGCUCGCGCACUCGCUCUGGCUGUUAGUGGGGCUGUCGACGAGCUGAACGGGGAGAAUGCGGCCCUGAGCACCAUCGAUCCAGCAUCCCUGAUAGCUCCAGCCUUCGGGAAGGCCAGUGACGACAAGAGGAGGCGAGGUCGUGGUUGGCGCAGCGGAGGUGUUUGUGCCAGAGGGAAUGGAAGUGCCGUUCCUGGCAUAAACCGACAGACGGUUGCCGGCGCCACAAUAGUUGAAGGGGUUGCCGGCGCAGAGCAUGCUGCAUUCACCGGCAGGGGCCACAACGGAGCCGACAGUGAAGCUGUUGCCGCAGUAGCACUCCCUGCCAUACUCGGUUCCGAAGUAGGUGUAGGCAGAGCAGAAGGCCUGGCAGGACUCGAGGGUCAUAUCGUCGGAAGCAUAGGUGGCACCGCUCAGGGCACGAGGGCCGGGAGACUCGGUGUAGCAUCCAUACCAGACGUAGUCAUCUCCGACCGCGGCGGGCUGUGAUGGCCCAGAAGGAGUAGGGCUAGGAGGGGGAGGGGGUCCGGUAGAGACGGUGCCUGUCGCCGUAGUCGCAGUAGUGGCUGCGGCAGGAGGGCUGGAAGUUGACGACGGGGUGUACUGGUUCUGGUAGUUGUACACAUUGAGGCGGCUGGGGCCACCGCAGAACUCGGUAGUGUUGCCGUUGCACGUCAUACUGCAGCCGCUGGCAGCAGGGGCACCGCCGUUGGAGAUAGUAUUACCGCAGAAGCACUCUCCACCAUACUCAACGCCAGCAAGAAUGUAGUUGGCCGCAGCACAGGCAGCUGUGCACUUGGCAACAGUCAUCUCACCAGCAGGAAUGCUGCCGAUCCCGUGUGUGAGUGUGCGGCCAGUCGUCCCUUCAGAGUAGCACCCCAUAUGUGUGAAGCCAUUUACGCCUGGGUUGGCCUUGGGACCCAAGUCUUCGGUGGUGGAAUAGAGCGAGAGUCUGCUUCCCGCACCGCAAGGCUGCGUUGCGUCUCCAGAGCAGGCCAUGUUGCAGACCGAGUCCGCAACUUGGGCAGCCGCAGGAGCAAUGCUCUUACCGCAGAAGCUAUACCACUGGUCAGCAUCAACUAGGUAAGGUAGGUAGCUCCACCGCCUUCGGGCCCCCAGAGAAUGCUCACCAUUCUACGCUGUACUCAGUUCCAGCAAACUUAAAGCCUCGGGUCUGGCAAUAGCUGAUGCAUGUCUCGGCGGUCAUAUGGGUGCCGUUGACAUAGCCGCCGCCGGUGAGGGUCCGCCCCGGAAUAUCUGUGUAACAGCCCUCAUACUGCCAUUGUCCUGGAAGAGUGGCAGGGACUGAAAGUUGAGCGAGUGAAAGGGUGGCGAAAGAAGCAGCGAGGAGAGAAGAGAGAAGGGUCUUGGAUGGUGAGGACUUCAUGGUGAAGCCUUGUACGCCCAGUGAAGGACGUCAACACCGACUAAAACGAAUGACAGGGUUGGGUUAGCCGAAUGGCAGAAAGAAGGAAAAGCCAUCGAAGACGUGUGGGGGAGGCCAUCUCUAUAUGUAUCACCAUCGCAAACUGUCAGCGGGGGGAGGGGUGUACGGCAGGAUCCAUCUCACUUUCUCGCUCGCCGAGGGCACGAUGUGGGCGCAUUGCGGAAAUGGCCAUCGCGAACCAUAGGUUGCACAGACAGCAACGCUGCUCCUCUCUCUGCUAGGAAUAGGCGGAACAAGGGCCCCCCGCAAAGCUAACACUCCUUUGGAGCGCGCGACUGGCUGGGCCCUUGCGCCAGCCCAGCGAGCCCAGCAAGCACCUGGUCUGGGCAUGGAAAGAAGCGAGAGACCUGGUGGGUCAUCUCGUUCGACAGAGACAACAGAUUGCAGGGGUUCUUUUUUCCAUCGUCGAAAGGGGUGGGUCAUUGAGACAGGGGUGUGGUGCACAUCAAGACUUCCAGUCCAGAAAUGCAGCGGCAAUAUUGCGUACGGAGGUGCAGUUGGUGUGGUCCCUGAUGGUCGCAACGGUCAGGCAGCUGCUGGUUCUGUUGCUGUUGCUACAGUACAUACGACUGAUCUUGGUUGACGGCGGGACUCGCAGCCAACGAAUGAGGGCCGAUGUGGUGAUGUUGAUGUGGGUGGUUCAAAAAAACCAAUCCCUUCUUCGGCACUCCAACUGGAACCAGGGGAAAUGACAAGCGCUAUGAUAAGAUUUUCUCUCAGUGGGGUGGCUUUUGAGGGCAUUUCUGACAUUUUGUUGCUGGGUUAUGACUUCUUCUCAGACCAGGACUAACUCUCCGCUGUUGAACCGUCCACUCAGACUCUCCAAAGCUACUCCGUGCACAUAUUCUCGCGAGACCGUCGAAGGAUUGCUCGGUGAAGGGGCCGGAUAAUCGGAGAACGCCAUGGUCAGCGAUGGGCUGAAGUGUUGCCAGCAUGCUGAUGUGGAAAUUUUGUCUCGCCAAGCAUCUUUGGUGAAGGAGUUCAACGGGCCCAGGUCCGGUCCAGGCUUCCAUUGCAUUGCCCCUCGGCGCAUGGAAAUUGGGGAUUGCUGGAAGCCGGCCCCCCGUGGUCAAGCCAUCCGGUGACGGGCUCGGCUAACUAGGCCUAACCUGUACAUGACAGGCCUUUUUUUUAAUUUUUUUUACGGGAGGCCCAAUGCCCUCAAUGCACACACCGUCGACUUCUGUGUCACCAGGCGGGAUACGAGGACGGCGCGGAGCUGUGCGGAUGGAUAUGGAGUUUUGUUCUGUCAGCCCGGUCCAAUAAAUGCCGGUCCGAUGACGCUCGACAGAGUACCCCGAAUGGAAGCUGGAAUCUGAAAUCCCUUCAGAAGAUGAGAAACGAGUCCAGUCCGAGCUCACACGUGUUGGUCCACUGGGAGAUCCAUCAGAAAGGUCCAGCUAUUCGGGACUAUUGAAGAGGACCCCGGCCUGCUGGGACCGGCCGGUGAUCAUUGUUGAUGGAGGCGAUCGUCCGGUUCUUGCUGUUGCUCUGUUGCCCCUUUAAGCCAGCGAGCCAGGGGCAUGAUAACUUUAUUUCAGUGACCUCUCUCGUUUGAUUGGACAGGCGGCACGGACGCUCCUCGGAUUCAGGUACCUGUUUGACGACCUUUCAGCAGACAGUCAUGCCAUUCUCACCGCUCAGCAAGAUGACGGCGAUUCGCUGAUGGUCGCAUCUCGCAGUUCGCUCUUUUGACUGGAAUAAGCUGUAUGCAUUUUGUCGGUUUGGGGCAAGCGGUUGAAGGGCUAUUGUCCGAACUGCAGCUGAGCGCAACGAAAAAGGCAUAGUUCGAUCACCUGCUGCCCCACCCCCUACCCACUCCGCGCUCAGCCCUGCAAUCGUCAAGCCAUCAGUGCCAUCCGCAACCGACUCUGCCGACUGUGCCAUUUCUGAGCACUCGCUCACCUUGCCGUACCAGACUCUGGAACUCUCUGGCUUUUCUCCCGACCGCCUUCACGUCUCACAAACGACGCCGUAGGCAGACCCAAGAUCGCCAAGCACUUCUCCGGAAUGGAAGCUGCCGAUAUUGAAAUCUGGGGACGUACUCAGCGACUGUUAUCAGUCUAUCCAUAUCCAUCUCCCCACGGGGCUGUAAAGCCAGUAGGAUGCAAGACACUGUCUCAAAAGAGGGUGUGUGAAAACACAAAGUCCCUGAUAGACCUCGCCGUACAGCAACCAACAAGGCACGACUCAUGCAGGCACCUGCACAGUUCAUUACUGACCCCAUCACCGCAGCAAUAUCGAUACAACUUAUUAAGCGGAGUCAAGUGGACGUCAACAGAGUCUCGGCGGACGUUCGCGGAGAAUUGGUAGUUACCCGAUGAGGGAGUACAGCAUCAUAAUCCGAUGCUGGCUUUCGGGGAUGGACAGUAACACGAGUCUUGCGGUCAGCAAAAGACAUACAAACUGGGCGAGCUCGCAUCAGCAUCCGUCCAAGGUAGCAUUGCCAUAUCAACGCUAUCAAGACUUCGCACGAGUUUCAACUGUUGUUUUAACCACUCAAAUAUCAGCAUCACUAUCGGCGUAUCGCACUUUUGAUUUCCCAUGCUGGCUGCCCCCCCAAUAUGCAACCCCCCAACGCAUACACACUUACAUACUACAAUCCCUGUCGAUUCAUCUUAAUGCAGCAAGCCACCGUGGCGGACCCCAGAGGCUCGAGAAAUCCCACAAAAAUAUUGGGUGCAGCCCUCCUGGCUCGUAUCCAUCUGCGAACCAACUCAUCAACACUCCAGUCACACAUAAGCCGAGCUUCUUGGGCUGCAUGUCUUGCAACCCAACUCAUCCACAUUGGACUCCUCUAUGAUUUUGUAACUGCUGGCAGGAAUUUGGUGGCGAAUGCCACUAGGUCAGAAGGAAACGCCGUUGCAAAUUACCAAGGUCAGUGGCUGAGACAAGUUCGCAGUUUGGCCCCCAAUCUGAACAGACCUUCGGUAACCGCUUCACCAAAACGAGAUACCCGGCGAGGCGCUACCGGGGUAGGUGACACAAAAUUCACAGCAAGACAUUCCAAUGACGAGUUGGAGCAACCGAAGAGUCUUUGGAAUGUUUCCGAGGCCAACCGGCAGUCUUUGACAUGACCACGUCCCGUCAUCAAAUUGUUUGGGAUUUUACUCACCUCUUCGGUCUCUGUGCGCCCACGUCUGAACAGAUGCUGGAUUGCUGGUUCGCAUAGCACGGCAUCCACAACGCUGCUGCAAUGCCACCUUCUCAAGAC